AAAAGGGCUAACAUUUGAAUUGAAAAGACACCUGUCCUUUCUGGUUGAAGAAACACUUCAAGGAAGACAUCAGUUUCUCUCUUCUGAAUUUGGAAGAACUGCAGUAGAAGGCCAAAAGACCACCACGAUCUUCGAUCCAUCAUCAUGGGAGUCGUAACUGUGUCUGUUCUUGCCUGUCUCCUCCUCACCCUUCUGGGAACUGGAGCCCUCCGCCACGAUCCUCAUUAUAUCUGUCCAAGUGGAUAUACUGGACCAGACAGUGCAAUACCCCAUUGCUACAGAAUGGUUCAUAAACAAAUGGGAUGGCAGCAAGCACUGGAUUACUGCAAGAGAGAUAGGGGCACCCUUGCUGCUGUCCACAGCGUUGAAGAAUACCAGCUUCUCCUUUCCAUGGUGAAGCAGACCCAGAGUAUCUCUGCUUACGCCUGGGUAGGACUGAAUGAUCUGGAUCAGGAAGGGAAUUAUGUGUGGACUGAUGGGUCAUCCGUGAAUUGGUUCUGGUCCGAAAGUGCCAAAGCUCAGCAGUGGGGAGAAGAAGACUGUGUGGCACUGAACUCUUAUGCAGGGGCUGAGGGCUUCGAUGACAUCAAGUGUGACAGUAGCUGUACCUUUGUCUGCAUGAGAAUUGCUACGGGUGGAGUAGCCUAAGAUGGCAGAGGAGUCCAACACCAUCCACACAGAGUGCGAGCGUAAAGGGAAUUCGCCAACAUACUCUGAUUUUAUUUUCUGCUAUCGCACGUAAAGUCCUUUGCGUUGAUUGAGGACCGAUUGAAUACUUGAUGACAAUAUGAUAAAAAGUGAUCUAAUGGCAAUUACACUAUUUUCGGUUGCCAUUGUCAAUUGUUAAAGUUAUUGUCAGGUUGAUUCUACAAUUGCAUUUUCUCUCAUGUUCUCUGUAUGUUACUAGCCUUAAGCUACCAACCAUCGAGGCACCCAAGGUUUAUCCACAAACAAAUGGUUCAAUCCCCUCACUAACUCAAAACCGACCAUUAUCUAAGAACACAAACAUGAUAAUGCUGAAUGUACAGGGGAAAUUAGUCUCAGCACAUUUUUAAUGGUUUGACUCUUAUAUGGAAUAUUGAAAGAAUUGUUGGAAUGUGCCAUCCUGAUUAUCCCUCAAUGCUUCAAUGCCUCUUUGAAUAAAACCUUUCAGCUUCA